AUGGGCGAGAUGCGGAAACGGAUGAUUGUCCCUCACCUCGGAAGUACCGAAAACGACAAGGAUGAAUUUUACGUGCAGUUGGAUCGUGAGUACGACCACUGCCCAGAACAUGAUAUCAAGAUCGUCAUCGGAGAUUUCAACGCUCAGAUCGGCCAGGAGGAGGAAUACAAACCGGUGAUUAGAGGGUUCAGUGCGCACCAGCGGACCAACGAGAUUGGCCUAAGACUCAUCGACUUUGCCGCCUUAAAUAACAUGGCCGUGCGUAAUCUCGCGCGACUGAAGCUGGAAGAGAACCAGCUGGAGGAAGGUCCUCUUGAAGACUGUUGGAACAUAAUUAAAACAGCCAUCAACAGCGUAGCAGAGAACGACAUCGGGCAUGUGGGACGAACCCGACGGAAGGAGUGGUUCGACGACAAAUGUAGGAGGGUGAUGGAUGAGGAGAAUGCUGCGCGGGCGGCUAAGAUGCGCAAUGCCACUCGUCAGAAUGCGUAA